GCAAGAUGGCGGCGAUACGGAAUCGGUGUUAUUACCAGUGGACAUAAAAAAGGCAUUUUAUUUAAAAUAGAACAGCGAGUCAUAUCCAGUUAUACACUUGAACGCAUCGUGAGUGUAUCUGCCACGUAACCAGCGUCGACGUCUUUUUUAAUUUUACGCGUUUGAACGUUUUUUCUUACAAAAUGUUCUCGUUGUAAGUCGCUCGCUAACCGACCAGCUGGCUAACAGAGAGCAGUUACUAGCUAGCUAUCCACCACAGCCAAGCCGCCGUGAAGUGUAGGAUGGGAGAAAAGCUGGAGCUCAAGCUCAAAUCGCCGGUUGGAGCAGAACCCGCUGGCUAUCCGUGGCCGUUACCAGUAUACGAUAAACACCAUGAUGCUGCUCAUGAAAUCAUCGAGACCAUUCGGUGGGUGUGUGAGGAAAUCCCAGACCUCAAACUGGCAAUGGAAAAUUACGUACUCAUUGACUAUGACACCAAGAGCUUUGAGAGCAUGCAGAGGCUUUGUGACAAAUACAACAGGGCCAUUGACAGCAUUCACCAGCUGUGGAAAGGGACCACCCAGCCCAUGAAGCUAAACAAGCGUCCUUCCAACGGGCUGCUGAGACAUAUCUUACAGCAGGUGUACAACCACUCAGUGACCGACCCAGAGAAGCUCAACAACUAUGAACCCUUCUCCCCCGAGGUGUACGGAGAGACCUCUUUCGACCUGGUGGCCCAGAUUAUCGAUGAAAUGGAAAUGAUGGAAGAAGAUACCUUUGUUGACCUUGGCAGUGGAGUGGGGCAGGUGGUGCUGCAGGUUGCAGCAGCAACCAACUGUAAACACUACUACGGUGUAGAGAAAGCCGACAUUCCAGCUACCUAUGCAGAGACCAUGGAUAAAGAGUUUAAAAAAUGGAUGAAAUGGUAUGGGAAGAAACACGGGGAGUACACACUGGAAAGAGGUGAUUUUCUGUCUGAAGAGUGGAAAGAAAGAAUCGCCAACACAAGUAUUAUUUUUGUGAAUAACUUUGCCUUUGGUCCAGAGGUAGAUCACCAGCUGAAGGAGCGCUUUGCUAACAUGAAGGAAGGAGGGAAAAUUGUAUCCUCCAAACCCUUUGCACCUUUAAACUUCAGAAUCAACAGUCGAAACUUGAGUGAUAUUGGCACAAUUAUGCGUGUGGUGGAGCUUUCUCCACUCAGAGGCUCUGUUUCCUGGACUGGAAAGCCAGUUUCCUACUACCUGCAUACCAUAGACCGCACCAUACUUGAAAACUACUUUGCUAGUCUCAAAAAUCCUAAACUCAGGGAGGAGCAAGAGGCAGCUAGAAGACGUCAGCAGAAGGACAGUAAAAGCAAUAGUACCACGCCCACAAAACCCAAGGAACCAAACAAGCAGGACUCCUGUGGUGAAGAGGAGCGUCCUAGCUUGGUGACUGUGGUCAAGCCCUCCGCUAAACCGAGAAGAACGCGACUCCUGGCCAAAGGUCGCAAGCUGAACAAUAAGAAACGUGGUCGACCCAAGAAAGCUACCCCAGCUGCUGAGAAGAAAAAUAAGAAGAAUCAGAGUGCAUUGGAUUUGCUGCAUGCCAAGACCCUUUCUGCAGCACCCCCUCAGGAUGCAUACCGACCACCUCAGAGUCCCUUCUACCAGCUACCUCCCAAGGUCCAGCACUAUACCCCUAGUCAACUGCUGCUGAGCCCAACUCCCCCUGGUUUGGAAAAACUGCUAGACAAUAUCAAAAUUCAGUACCUCCAGUUUAUGGCCUACAUGAAGACUCCUCAGUACCGCUCCAACCUGCAACAACUUUUAGACCAAGAGAAGCAAAAACACAGGGACCUAUCAGGGCAGGCGGAGCAGCUCCAUUUGGUCUGUCAGUCUCACAAGGAGAAGAUCAAAGGUCUCUUUCAGACUAAACUGGAUGAGCUGGGAGUAAAAGCCCUGACUGUGGAGGACCUCCUUCAGGCCCAGAAGGAGAUAUCAGCCCAUAACCUUCAGCUGAAGGAGCAAACCAAGCAGCUUGAGAGAGAUAUGGCUUUGCUGAGAGACCACAGCUUGCUGCUGCUGAAGUCUCGAUGUGAGGAGUUGAAGCUGGACUGGGGCUCUUUGUGUCUGGAGAGUUUGUUGAAAGAGAAGCAGGCCCUGCGCAAACAGAUCUCCGAGAAGCAGAGACACUGCUUGGAGUUGCAGAUAAGCAUUGUGGAGCUGGAGAAAAGUCAAAGGCAGCAGGAGCUACUUCAGCUGAAAUCCUACAGCCCUGGCGAAAGUUCCCCGUAUAGAAAAAACCUGGAGUCCCGCGCUUCCACUGACGUGGACUCCUCUAAGCUUGGCCUGUCCUCAGCCCCAGUUCUCAACGGUGUUAGCUCAGAGCUUACUAUCAACGGCACCAGCUCACCUUGUUUUGACCGGGUUAACUCCAAGGGUGAGCUUCUUUCUCGGUACCUGCCCAUAUCCCCGGACCAUGAAUUAGUGGCUGCCACCCCUGAUGCUCGACAGAGGCAGCAAAGCUUCUCUCAUGCUCUUCCUGACUACACACGCUUCUCCCCCGCCAAGAUUGCCUUGCGUAGGCACCUUAACCAGGAUCCUACUGCCUCUGCUCACUUAAGAGGUCCAGGGCUGACAGCACAUAGGGAUCUGGGUGGUGUUAACUCUCCACUUGGAGCCAAACAGAACUGCCCCUCUCCCAACGGAUGUGAUGCUCAGAAUAACCUCAAAAGCUCAGAGAGGGGCGUUAAAGAGAGGAGUCCAUCUGUUCAAGGAGACAACAGCAUUACAAGCCUUCCUAUUAGUAUCCCACUGAGCACUGUUCACCCAAGUAAAUUACCAGUUAGCAUCCCACUGGCCAGUGUGGUGCUACCCAGUCGUGCUGAGAGACUGAGAAGUACUCCGAGUCCUGUGUCACAGAUCGGUCAGACCAAUGGAUAUUCAUCCAUCUCCAGCAUGAUGAAUGGAGGUCUGCACCCUGAGGACCACAAUGGCACUUCUUCACCUCCUCCACACAGCAACACUUUAACAAUGGGCCGAGGCGGUCCGAUCCAGAGCCCCCCUCUCAGCACUGGGGGGGUGCUCCAGUAUGCCGACGGACCCCCGAGGAUUGUUCCAGAAGAUGGACCGGAGGGCCAAGGAGGUGAAUCGGACGCAGAAGCCCAGGAAAGUGAACUGCGAAGGAGGAUCUUUUUCUCCUCCUCUUCUUCUUCAUCCUCGUCUUCCUCUUCGUCAGGCAGCGGGGGCAGCGCGGCCGGAGGAUCUCGCCUCCACCACCACACCGGCAACCCGGCCAAGCAGGGAUACCACAGUAACCAUGGAAACCACCACCACCAAUCGCCCAGCACGCAGCACGCUCACACACCCACACAUACGUCGUCAUCGCACUCCUCUCACAGCCUCGGCUCUCAAGAGGGACGCAAGCGGGGGAGACGGAAACGUGGCAACCCGGGGCCUGUUAUGGCCAGUGGAUCCCCAAAGAGAAGAUCAUUCCCUGGGCUCAGCUCCAGCAACCACUCCUCAGGAUCGCCACUCAAUAUCAACUCCAUGGUGAACAACAUCAACCAACCUCUGGAGAUCUCUGCCAUCUCCUCUCCAGAGCAAUCAAGCCGCAGCCCCGUUGGGCCUGACCUAGACCAACCUCCCAUCUUGAAGAGAGAGCGCCCCCUGGAGAUGAACGGCACAGGUCGAUAUUCCACAGCACCCAGCUCUGACGAUGAGGACUCGGGAUAUCCUGUUGACAGCUCCAGUUCUCGAAUUGAAAGAAAAAUAGCCACUAUAUCGUUGGAGAGCAGAGAUGGACCUGGUAGACUCGGAGAUGGUGAACGAGGCAGAAAAUCGGGAAGCAGCAGUGGUAACAGCACCGGCAGUGAAGCCUCCUCAUCGUCAUCUUUGUCCUCUACCAGCAAAUGGAAGUCUACCUUUUCACCCAUUUCUGAUCCCAAACAACCCAACUCUGACCUGAGACAGGGGGGCUCUCCGUUUGGCAUCGGGGGUUCGGGUCGGGGCACAGACUCAGAUUCUGACCACAAACAGCAGCAGGUGAGGAAAGGGAGCGAUGGAGAGUCCAGCUACAGCAAUCCAAACCCUUUCCUCAGUCAGGAGGCAAGUACCAGGGGUGGAAGCAGCAGUGCUGGUGGUGCUCAAGGAGGAAGCAGUUCAGACCAGCGCCAGACCCUCCAGAAGCAGAAAGCGUCCCGUGACUGGGAGCUGAAGAACAGCGGCAAUCUGGCCAGUCAGAACCUCUUCAUUUCUGCUGCCGCCAGCAGCGGAGGGGGGAUUCUUAGUGGGAAAGUGGGAGGCAGUCCUGUAGCUGUUUCCUCAAGCACUGGGUCAUCUGUGGGGCAGUACCUGGGGGCCCAGUUCCCACUUGGAGGGACCUCAGUCUUGCAAUCUUUGUUUGGGGCCCAGACCGGCGGAUCCACGGUGACUGGGACCCCUCGGCUUGUCAACGGACACUCUGCCCUAGGAAGCUUCUCCAGUGCUGGGUUGGCAGGGGGAGCAGCUGGAGGUAUAUUUCACCACGUGGUUCCCUCAGUGCCCUCCCAUCAGUUUGGGGCAACGCUCCCCACCUCAGGAGGCCUCAACUCUCUGCUCAGUCUCUCCUCCUCCUCUUCCUCUACCUCCUCCCAAACCCAGCAACACACCACUCCUCAGCCAGCCUCCACGCGCCUGGCGCCCGUGUCCUCGCCUAUGCCCCUCUCGUUAUCCCAGGCCCAGCACAGCCGCACGCAGUCGGUCCUGCAUAGCCCCUCUCCUCCCACGCUCUCCCUGCCCCCUCCUCCACCCUUGCAUAGCGUCCCCUCCUCGUCGACAUCCACGCACUCUGACUCCCCAGCAUCUUCUCGAUCAGACUCCCUCCUCUCCUCGCGUCUGUCCCUCUCCUCUCUCCACCACCAGAGAGCACAAUCAUCCCUCUCCAUCUCAUCCUCUACCUCUGCUGCUUCUGUCUCUGCUGCUGCAUCCCUCUCCUCUUCCUCUCUCUCAGCCUCCUCUGCCUCCUCCUCUCGUCCAUUUGCAGUGCACUACUCCCCCCGUCUGCCCCCUCCGCCACCGACCAGCAGUUCUGGUGGUGCUGGGAGCAUGUGGAGGACUCAGAGCAUGCAUGGUACCUACACCACCUCCCAGCUCCCCAGCUCCCGACCUAGAUAGGGUUUGGGGCUGAGGGGAAGGGGAGAGGAGAGGGGAAGGGCGGAGAACAAUCUGAGGGUGGAUAGAGGGUGAGCGAGAGAGGCUGGUAGGGAGUGAGAGAGACAGGAUGCCUGUUUUCCAUGUGCUUCUGCAAGCUGUUUGUCUGAUUGAACAAGGUAAUUGAUGAAAACUACCUCAACAUUUAAAUAAACUAUGCAAAUGUCCAGGUGUGGACCAAGGCACUCUCCUCAUUCACUGGUGCUUCAAACUCUGCACUACCCAAUCGCCUCCAAGACCGGCUUCUGUACUGGGAUCUUUGUCUCUCACACACUCUCACACACACACACACACUCACACUCACACACACACUCACACUCUCACACACACACACACACACACACACACACACACACACACACACACACACACACACACACACACACAAACCACCACUAUGGUCACCCUGAGCAGAAUUCAUAGGUACUGGUCAUGUUUGUGUGUGGAGUAGUGUUUUACAGUCUGGCUGUUGUCCAGCUCUGAGUGAACUUAAAUAUUGUGUUUGAAUUUAAGGUGCUAUCUAAUCUGUUCAUAUGUAGUUUCUUUGUUCUGGUGCCAAUUAUAGCAACUGGGAUUCAGCAAAAUCAGGAAAAAAAAAAAAAAAGAAUUAUCAUUUAACGACAGGAUAAACCAGGGUCUACUUCCCCCCCAAAGUUUCACUUCACGAGUCACGCACACACACACUCAGACACACACACACAGCCAGUUCAUUGAACUCUGCUCAGACGUCAAGCACCUUUGCUUUUGCGUGCAUGCGUUAUUUCCUCCCUUGGUGAAAUUCUGUAUUUGUUGCAAUAUAUUUGGUUGCGUAACAAAAUGAGGAACUUUUUUGGUCUAACUUCGCACUGGAUAUUAAGCUCACGUAGCAGAAGAUGUACAAGCCCUUGCUUGUGUUAGUUGGCACCCCUGCCAUGUUCGUGAUUUACUGUAUUUACUGUGUUUUCAUAUUUAAAUUUGUGACAAACUGCAAUGAGUUGUUGGUGCUUAAUUCAAAGCCAAAUAAUAAAUUAGAUUGUGUCUGUUUGACUUGCUCUGACUCCUUCUGUCUCAAAAAAUAUUAAAUAUUUCCUUAAAGUUAAGUUGUUUCUGUUUUUCUGCUAAUGUCAGAUAUUUAAUGUUAGCGAUAAUCAGACAAAUCUCUCAAAGGAUGAGAGGAAUGAGGAAAACAUCUGCGGAUGUUGAUUUUGGCCUUAUUUUGAUGAUAAGUUAAAUUAAUAACAUGGCUGUGGGUGCCAAUAAUGCAAUGCAGCGUCUUGUACAUUAACAUCUGUUUUAAAAAAAUGAAAUGGUGCUCUUCAGCCACCCGUCACUGUGGCUGCUCUGUUAAGGUUCAGCGAACAGCUGAAUCCACGUGUCCAAGAACAACAGAGUUCAGUGAGUUUGCGUGUAUUUAUUAACCGUUUCUUUCCCGUCGGUUUGUGAAGUCACACAAACGGCAGCAGAAAUAUUCCUCUUUGUAAGCUAAGCAUAACAGCAGAGAUCCAUGCAUUCAUAUUUAUCCGUGCUGUUAGGAAAUGCAGGUUUAAAUGAAAGUGGACUGAUAUGUGAAAUUUUACUGCGUUUAGUUUAAACACACAUAUACACACACACACACACACACACACACAGUCAUGCAUGCAAAUCCUCACACACUGGGAAAACAUAGUUGACCAUAACCACAACAAACUACUGGACUUGUUUCACACCUCUUUGUUUGCUUUUUAAAAAACGGUGUAAUUUGUUUUUGUAAACAAUGUUUGUACUGUGAAUGUGAUUCAUUCUCUGACUGUAUAGUUGUGGAUAAUUUAGAUGAUUAUAUUUAUGCUGUCGGUCUUUCCAUUUGCCUUUUUUUUUUUUUUUAAAUCCUGAAUUGUGUUGACAUUGUAGAAUGCAUUAGUGUGUGUGUACUUGACUCACAGUCUGAAAACAAUGGUGCUAAGUUUGGACUAUGCCUGAUCUUAUUUAUUCUGUAAUGAAAACAUCAAAAACAAGUCAAGUACUUGGUGCUGUACACAGGGACAUUUGUAAAGCCGUUUUUUGGCAUUUCCUUUCUCAUAUUUAAUAUGCUAUUGUCUCGUUCUUUGAAUGCAUCGUGUACAACUGUAGACGCCACCUUUGGAUGAAAGUGCUCUCGUGCAGCCGGCUCGGGGCCCGAGCGACGGCCACGGGGGCCCCUGUUAAUGUUUUAAACAUACAUCGGCCCGCUGUUGGUGAACAAGACACACUGUUUUUGUACAUAAGUUUUCUUUAAUUGUACAUCUCCAUCAUAAACAGAAAGGUAUAUAAAAUAAGUAACUAUAUACAGUCUAUAUAAAUAUAUAUAAGUAUAUAAAUAUAUAUACAUAUAUAUGUGAAAGGGGUGUUUUGGUGCUGGCAUUGUGACCCUUAAAUUCACCCUGUAACAGGAGGCUUGAAGCUGAGCAGAGCAAAGCAUUGCCACCAGAGGACCUUAACAUGGCUGCACAUCAGCACCUGAAAACACACACACACACACACACACACACACAUCCCCCGCAGCCACAAACUCAGAGGCUGUGUGUUUAUUACACAAAGGUGCGGCGGCUCAAACGCCACCAGAUUCCAGUACUAGAACUGUUAUCACUUGUUUCAGGUAUUUUCACUUCUUUGAUUUAUUGUUGGUUUUUUUUUGUUUGUUUUUGGUGUUUAAUUUUUUUACCAACCCAGAUUCUGCAGGAAAAAUGGUGCUUCUGUUUCCAAGCGAGGGCAGUUCAGACCUUACAAUCAAAAUCUUCACCGGUGCAUACAGAACUGCGCGUCAGCCUCUUUACACACACCGCCUGUAGACGUCUUACUGACGAGGCCGUACCUCGCCGCGUGAGCUGAUGUGAAACACUUGUCUUAGUGUGUGUGUGUGUGUGUGUGUGUGUGUGAGAGAUCAGACAGGCUUCCUUUUUUCGUCUGAUAGUGGGAUUACACUAAAGCUCAGUUUGUACGUGUUUUUGUUUGUUUUUUUUAAUUUUUCACUUGCCAGCGCAUAUCUAAGGGAAUAUUAGUGUAAUAAUCAAAGCUUUAUAGAAAAAUAAAACUCCUGUCCCGUGCACUCGUGUGCAAGUGAAGAGAAAAAGUCAUUUUAGAAUUAGACUAGUCCAUUUGUUACCAGCACUGAGAGGUAUUUUGUAAUUAUUGUCGAUGGCGUUUUGAUUUUCUUAUUCUUGGUGUUUGAUACGAUUGCAGUUACAUGUUAUGCUUUUGAUUGUGUCUUCAGAUUUCUGUCAGUUUUUAAUACUACUAGUCAGACAGCACGGUGCUCUCCUUCACUUAAAACAAGGAAAUCGCAGCUAUUGAUGAAUACUACUCUCCUCCUGUUGUGCUGCAGGGUUUUAUGGUUUAAGAAUCUUACACACAAGCUCACCUGGUGGCUUUUCUCACAGCCCAGUCUAACCUUUGAAUCUUUAAUCUGGAGGGACACCGGCGGGCGGAGGCGGGGGUGUACGUGCCUGUCAGAGCACUUUGAGGAAGGUGGCAGGUAUUCCAUUCAUUACAUACAGAUUUUAGGCAGUUUUAUAGUUUUUAAAAGUAUUUCUGGGGUGUGAUUUGGCUUUAAAGCUGUGCAGUUCUGCAUCAUACUGCAUCCUGGUACAUUAUUCGUAGAUAAUCUUUCAGAGCUUUGCAGUCAAGGCUGUUUACUCGAAAUCCUGCCAAAGGUCUUAACUCAGGAACUCCCCACACUGCUUGAAAGAACAAGUUUCCUAAUCUGCUGCAUGUUACGUUAAUUUACCUUCAGGUGGCAUGACAAAGUCCCUCUACGACCCAACUCAGGACCAGGGCCACCCUUCAGUCAGUGUAUUUCAAGGUAAAAUGUAUCAGCUGCCCUCAUCAGAUCUCCUCAGACACAGUCCUGCCGGCACGUACACCCCCACCCCCGACAAUCAGUCCGAGCUUUAUGAGCGAUCUGAUCUCGAGAAGCUGUGAAAUGGCAACGACUUUCAGCAUCUUCCUCAUCUCACAAAUGCCUCUGUCUAGAUUUGCGUCUCUAAGGAGGAGGUUCGGUGUCUUGUUUGAAUCCUCCUUUGAAUUGGGGGUAACAUUCAAGGACACGCGUGACCUACAGGAUGUGUAUAGUGCUCUCUGAUUGGUGAAGCCAGGGCAGGUUUGAGGUGCAAUAAUGGCAAACCUACUUUCCAAAACGCCCUCGGUUUUUCAUGGAAACAUUGUUACUGUUUGAUGUUGGUGCUUUUAUCCUAAGAUGUUAUAAUGAAAAAAUGGAAUUAAUGUUUUUUUUUUUUCUCCCCUGCGAUUUAUGAUAAUUAAUAAAAUGUUUCUUAUAAUAUUGA